AGCUAGUUUUCCCAGCGCGUCGCCAGCAGGAUUUGUCGCCGGCGACGAGGUCGAGAAGCCUUUUUUAAGUAUUUCUUUUUGUUUUUCUUUUGUAUCAUUUCCACCCGUUUCUCCGGUCCGUUUGGCUUCACCCCAUAACAACGUGAACACAGAGUUCUUUGCCUUCCCCGCAGCCAUGAGUUCCUCUGCUGUUCUCGAUGUGGAGAAGAGGUGGUUUAUGGUGGCGCUGCCGCUGCGCACCUGCAGUCUGCGCGACGUGGCCACCACCACCGUGACGAAGGAGCAGAUGGACGCCUUCUACCAGGAGGCGCAGACCAUCCUCGACGAGGAGGCGAAGGCGGCACAGAUGGACCGCGGCCGGUGGUACAACGCGCAGUUCAUUAGCCGCGGUACCACGUCCGAUAAGAUCGCCUCUGCCGCCGUGAAGCUCGCAGACACGGACUUCAUGUUUUACCUUGAUGGCUUCACGCUGCUCUUUGACACGGCGCGGACGGACACGCACCACUACGAAGCUGCGCUGAAGGCGCUGGCGGCGGUGUGGCCCAAGCUGCUGCCGCCACGCCCGCUGAAGCGCUUCGUGACGCAGUACUUUGCCACCCUCCCCACCGAGGAGACGGCGCGCAAGAAGACGCUCGUGUACUGGUACCUGGAGGACUACCUGAAGCGCACCUACUCCCAGUUUCUUUCGCUCAGCGAGUCGAUGCUAAAGGACCACAUCGUGCAGCGUCGUGAUGCGUGGUUAGAUGUGGUGGGCAAGCUGCUCUGCUCUGUGGCGGAGGGCCGCAGCACGGCGAUGGCCAUGAUGAUCGACAAACUCGGCGACCCCGUCUCCAGCGUCGCGCACAAGGCCUACCACCACCUGCUCAAGCUCCUCUCCGAGUCUUCGACCCACCAGGCGAUGCUCUUUACUGAACUCGAGAAGAUCAUCUUCAUGAAGCACUGCCCGCUGCGCACCAUGCGUUACGCCGCCAACGUGAUGAACCAGCUCGUGUUCAGCAAGGAAGAGCGGAAGCUGGCGGUGAAGUGCGUGCAGACCUACCUGAGCCUCUUCCGUCAGCUGGCCCUCACCGGCAACGUGGACUCCACCGUGACGACGGCCAUCAUCGUGGGUCUGCGCCGCGCCUUUCCGUACGCCGGCGUCGACCUCGCGCCCCUCGAGGAGCACCUCAACGCGCUCUUCAUCUUGGGCAACACGGGCAGCUUCCAGCAGCGCGUCGCCACCCUCACUUUGCUGCAGCUGCUGGCCUUCAACAAGGGUACCGCUGAGGCCUUCCAGAACCGCUGGUACCGCACCCUCUACAGCCUUUUGCUGUUCUCGCCCAAGCAAAUCCCGCAGUCCGCGCAGCUCACCAACUUCUUCACGCUUCUCCACAAGGCGAUGCGCGCGGACAAGUCGAAGGAGCGCGUGACCGCUUUUGUGCACCGCCUGCUGCAACGCGCGAUCUUCUUCAACGACGCGAUGGUGUGCGCGGUGCUGCUGUUGGUGGGGGAGAUGGCGCAGACACACCCGCACGUGCGCAACAUGCUGAAGGCGCGUCCGAAGGGAACCGCCGUUGCCGCCGCCUCCUCUUCGCCCGCUGGUGCUACGACGGUCUCCUCGACGGCCUCGUCGACGGGCUACGACCCAAAGGCGCGUGAGCCGCUCUUCGCGAACGCCGCCGGUGAGUGCGUCUGGGCGCUGAACCUGCUUGCCCACCACUCCCACCCGUCGGUGGUGAAGCUGUCCGUGCUGCUCCUCUUUGGCGAGGACAUCGUCUUCGACGUGCACCCGCUGGACGACAUGACGCCGCUGAACUUCCUGAACAUGUUUGUCGACGCUAAGGCGAACGCGAAGGCGGCUGAGGACGACGUGAAGGGCGGCAACACCGCCACGGGCAUUGCCGUUUUCCACCGCGCGGUGCACAAGGCGAACCUGCCCAGCACGUCCGACCCGUACUUCAUCAACGCCAGCGCGCAGGACGUCGACGUGGCGGCUCUCUUCCUACACCGCUACGCCGUGCAGCGCCAGCGCUUCCUGGACGGUCUGUCGCAGGUCCGCUCUACCUGGGGCGAUACGAGUGGCGAGGCGGACGUGGCGCUGCGUGUGACGAACUUGGACGCCGCCCUCUUCGGUCCCUCCGGCGCGUUGGCCGAUCCCGACCAAGAAGUCGGCGGCACGGCAGAGGGCAGCGCUGUGGCACCGAGGGAUGGGAGGGCAGUCAAGACGAAAGCAAAGAGGGCCCCCAUCGAGCGAGACGAGGACGUCCCGAGCGAGGAGGAGGACGGCGCCGAAGCGUUUGAUGUGGCGGCGGACGACGCGGAUCUGGACUGGGGUGCCGAGGACGAGGCCGCCUACAACGUGGAGCUCGAAGAGGACGACGAGGAGGGCAUGGAGUCCGCAGACGAGGACGAGGACGACGUUUUGGGCGGUCGUGGCACGGCGGAGGCGGACGAGGGCGGCGACUUUGGCGAACUGAUUGAGACGCAAAGGAAGGAGAUGUCGAAGAAGCGCAAGCGUGAGAUGGACUGGCUAGAGGGCCGGUCUGGUGUUGCGGGUGGUGGUGGUGGUGGUGGCCGUGGUCGUGGCUCCUACUCACAAUCGUCUUCUCAGUUCCGCGGCGGCGGUCGCGGACGUGGUGGUCGCGGUGGUGGCCGCGGUGGUGCCUCUCCGUACGGCAGAGGCCGCGAGCGUGGUCGUGGUGGGUUUCAGCGCGGCGGCCGUGGUGCCUCACACCGAGGCCGCUACUGA